GCCAGAUGUCACUCUAAUCGCUACGAAGUUUGAUUUGAUUAUUUCCUAGUCACGACAAGUUGUUUUGCCGAUAUUAUUAAUAUUAUAGAAUGAAUACUCGAAGUUUUUUACUACUAUGAAUAAAAUAUUCUUCAAAUAAUUAAAGGAACUUCAAUAAAACUUAUCAAUGGGUAAGAGAUAUUAUUGCGAGUAUUGUGACAGAUCCUUCAAGGAUGAUCCAGAAGCCAGAAAGAAACAUCUUUCAAGUUUACAACAUGUGAAAAAUCGUGCAGAUCAUUAUAAUAUGUUCAAAGAUCCGGAAGUUAUAUUGAAGGAAGAAAGUUCAAAGAUACCAUGCAAAUGGUAUUUAAGCGGUGGUAAUUGCGCAUUCGGUCUUGGUUGCAGAUAUUCUCAUUACACUCCGCCAAUGAUAUGGGAACUUCAACGUCUUGUUGCAAUGAAACACCAAUCAAAAUUUAACGCAACACUUGAAAGUGGCUGGCCAAAUCCUGAUGAUAUAAUCAAAGAAUAUUUUCAGAAUACUGCGAGUACAAGCAAUACGGAUGAUUUCAUUUACCCUACUUGGCACAGACCAUUGGAAUUACAGAAUUAUUCCAUGUUGCCACCAUCGUUAUGGCCUAUCACACCGGAAAGCCUAGCAAAUACUACAACUUUCAAGGAAUGGAUAAAAUAUCAUUUUGAAAAAUGUAAAAGGUCGAGCAAGUACAUAAUAAUUUUUCGAUAUUUCUCGGUUGAACAGAUACACCAUCUUACGAGGCAACCACGAAUCGGAGUCGGUGUUGCUCGAUGUUCGCCGGUAACCUUCGUAACUACCAUCUGUCCUCCAUCAUCCCCUCCACCAAUCACCGAGCAGAAAGGCGAGCACACAAUGAACCCUGGUACACCGUCACACAGUAGUGAAGCACCCGUUGCCACGAUAGUUUGGCGUUUGAGCAUCGUGUUCGGCGCGGCCGUCGUGUUGGACACGUGAUCUGGUUGAGAGCGAAAACACAAACGCAGCUAUACAAAACCGUAGAUAGAGAUAGAGAGGAAAGUGCUCUCAAGUAUACGGGAAAUAUCACACGGCAAUAAUUCCCCGACAUCGAUGACGUUUAAAAGAAGAAGCUCAGAUUCGCAGAUUUGCGUAAAAUUGCAAACGAAGACUCGUAAAUCGUAAAUCGGUUUUGAACGACGUAUGACUUUGAUUUGACGGAGUGUCAUUUAAAAACUGACAUGUGAAUCACAUUCUGUAACUUCUUUCCUUAGGAAUCUGGAUUUAAAUACAGUAUUUGCCUUCGAUUUGUUUGCUUCUAACAAUAUAAUAUCAUUUUAUUCGUUUUUCUUCUUUCCUUUCUAUAAUGUGGACUUCUAUAAGCUUUAACUCGUAUAAUCGUUCCGCUUCGCAUAAAAGGGGGAUUUUGCUCCAACAUGAAUCACGUGAAUUUACGCAUGCGAUAUUUACGUUCUACAUUAUGCACUGAUAUAAAAAAAAAAAAAAUUACUUAACCAAUAAACUACAAAUCAUUUUUCUAAUUAGUUAUAAUUUUAGAUUAAUUGUAAUUGUAAAUUGUUUCAUUAUUAAGUACGUUGUUAUUAAAAUGUCACCACUAUAGUAACUGGUUAAGAAAUAAUAUUUAUUUCACAAUCACCAUUACACCGUAAGUAUAUAUAUUUUCUCGUUUAAAUGGUUCGUAACUCCAAUAUCGGCGCGUUGUUGUAGCAAACGAAAUCGGUUCGUAUUUACGUAUGAUGAUAUCGUUUGAUAAUAUAUACAUUAUCAUAGGUACGAUACUGAGUGUGAAUAUCAAAUAUCAUUUUACCCAAAUAUUAUUUCCAUUAACGUAGUCGUAGAAUGACUCUUAAAAUUCCUACGCCGUGUCAUUGCACACUUUUCAAACAUUACAUGCGAAUUUCACUUCUGGUAAACACGAACCGAUGAAUUAUAUUAUACAAUAUGUCCCAAUGAAUUUACAAGUGAGAAACAAAUUGCAACGCGUAGUCGUAACAAUCUGUAUGAUAUUUAAUAACGUUAGAACGUCGUUGAAGGUUCGCAAGAUGUUUGUUAAACAACGAUAAAUGAAAAGGGGGAAAUCUGCAAGGACUUGAACAAUCUAGAGGAGAAAGUGAUUGGAAGAUAGGGGCACGGAUUCACUGAUAUAUUACAUCACUGAUAUCGUUUCCGCCAUAACGACGACGGAGUCUGGUUGUUGUAAAAAGGUUAAAUGUAGUGUGACGACCGGAUGGCAACGACCUGCACGCCAUAGACAAGAGGCCGGUGCUACGUGCAGUCGCGUCACGAUUUCUUGCCGGAGGUCGUGACCUUGCCGAUAUGGGGAAUAAUGGUGCGUCCGCCUGCACCGUAGAAGAGAUCGUCCUCGUGAGUCAGUCUCUACCGAUCGAUUUCACGCGUGCAUCAACGUUCGUUGUCGCGUUCCGCGCGCACCACAAUGGACUUGUCUAUUUUCGAGCAGCUGUCGCGACCCUCUUUCGAACAAUACAGCCCCAGAGUGUGUAAGCAACGUGCAUGCGCGCAACCGGUCGCUUUUCGAUCGUACUUUUUUUUUAGUAGAAUCGUGACCUACCACUGGACAUCCUACCCUACGUUUGCCAUUGCAAUCGAUAUUAUGUAGCUUUAGCCUCCUUUUCAACAGUACUUUCCGCGAUCAUUGAAUUUAGUGAGAAGCAAUUGCCAGGAAAAUCUCGAAUCUUUGAAUCAGUACGUUCACAUGAAAGGUUCGCAGCAAGAAAAAGGCAGUUUCACUUUUUAUUUAUUCUUUGUUAUAUAUCUUAUUCCGUUUAAAAAAAAAAAAAAAAAAUG